UUGGGAGAGGUGGAAGCAUCCGUAGAAGCGCUGUCAUAUCUUGCCAUGACGCGUGGACCGCAUGGAAGCGCUGUCUUUUUCAGUGUCUUGAUAACACUUGUCGUGGCGAGAGCUGAAGACGAGUGCUUGGAUGGGCCCUGCAGCUUACAAAUCUUGCAGCUGAAAGCCAGACACCGCUGAAAUUAAACAGCCUUUUUUCGUAUUCAGUUUUUUUCGGCGAGUGUCACGCAUCUCAAAUGGCUGGUGUCACUAGCCACAGGCUGACAAGCACCACACCUUUUGGCACAGUCAUGAGGCAUGAGGGCAACGAGGUAGCACUUACUCCAUACUUGGGAAAAAUGAUGCAUUUCUUCCGUACAAGCAAGGAUACACGGACGCAGCAAGUGGAUCUUUGGAUUUGCAGUCAUUUGGAAGGCAGCCCUCAGAAGACCUGCUGUGGGCGAAGUAUCAGCAGUUCCUUUCCACCUAUCAGCGGGCGUAUGGCGUUGAAGAACAACGUAUGCGCUUCGCAAAUUUUAAGGACGCCUUUUGGAGAGCGAAGUCGUUGAGCGGCAAUGCUCCUGACAGCCCCUUCGGGAUUAACAGCUUCUCUGACUGGUAUGAGUAUGAGUUGCCUCGAAAAGGGCUGAAAUCAGACAUUCCAUUUCAGAUGGACAUGUUGGGCUCCCAGGAGAUGGGAACCAAUGCCUCUCAUGCCUCUGACACUGCCGUGUUGAAGCCACAGCCGGCUGCGAUCAACUGGCGCCUGACUCGAGCGGUGAGCCCAGUGAAAAACCAAGGGUCCUGUGGAGCAUGCUGGGCUUUUGUCACAGCAGAGGAGGUCGAGUCUAUGUACACUUUGUGGCAGGGUGGUGGGGGUGGUGGCUACUCGGAGAUCUUCUCAGUGCAGCAGAUGAUCAGUUGCAGCGUUGAGGCCGAUGGCUGCGGUGGUGGCAACCCCGUCAACGGUUACAACUAUGUGAUGAAGAGUCAGGUUGGCUUGGUCCAGGAGGCCUUUUGGCCGUAUGAGGGAGGCUACUUGCCCGAGGAGCGAUGCGAUUACAAGUAUUGCACCAAGCCCUGCCACAAGAACCUCACGGAUGCUGCAACCUACCAGCACAUUAUAGGACCCAUCGGUCGUGUGCGAGGAGCUCUUUGGGCAACCCCGCUUUGCGAUCCUGGCAGCAACUGUGACAACCAGAAUUUGGAAAGCUUGAGACGCACCCUGGUGCAGCUUGGCCCCGUCGCAGUUGCUGUGAACUCCAAGAAUUGGUUCCACUACGCAGGUGGGGUUUUGUCAUACGAUGCGUGUGGCGGAAGCACUUGGAAUGAUUUGGAUCAUGCAGCACAACUGACGGGCUACAACACCACUGGAGAGAAGCCGCACUGGAUUGUAAGGAACCAAUGGUCAACCACUUGGGGUGAAAACGGCUACAUCCAUUUGGAGUUUGGGAGGAACACCUGUGGGAUCGCAAACAUGGCCACAGUACCUUUGGUGGAUGGCAUGCCCGAUCUCAAAGACAUGCAAACUGUCCAGAUGCUUCAGACAUCACAAGCUGCAGAGGCAGCUGAAGCAACUAGUAGAUCGGCUCCUUUCUUCCAAUUGUAUCGCCAGGCAGUUGGGGAAGCGCCGAGCCUUUAACCUGAUCCGCCGAAAAUUGGCCAA